AUGAAAAGUUGAAGUUGAGUAUGAAGAGUUACCAGCAAUAUUAUCAAUCAAGGAGGCUAUUGCCGCUGAAAGUUUUCAUCCAAAUACAGAGAAAAUGCUAAGGAAAGGAGAUGUAGAGCUAUGCUUUCAGUCAGGUCAGUGCGAUAAGAUAAUAGAAGGAGAGGUUCAAAUGGGCAGCCAGGAACACUUCUACAUGGAGCCUCAUGGUAGUUUGGUUUGGACAAGUGAUGGAGGCAAUGAAGUUCAUAUGAUCUCAUCCACUCAAGAUCCUCAUAGGCACCAGCAAUAUGUUUCACAUGUUCUUGGACUUCCAAUGUCUAAAGUGGUAUGCAAAACCAAAAGAAUUGGUGGUGGCUUUGGUGGCAAGGAAACGAGAUCAGCCUUCAUAGCUGCUGCAGCUUCUGUUCCUUCCUACCUUUUGAACCGACCAGUGAAACUCAUACUGGACAGAGAUGUGGACAUGAUGAUAUCUGGUCACCGUCAUAGUUUUGUUGGAAAGUACAAGGUUGGGUUUACUAAUGAUGGGAAAGUAUUGGCGUAUGACCUUGAAGUCUAGAACAAUGGUGGAAACUCUUUGGAUCUUUCCGAAGCUGUUCUUGAGAUUGCAAUGUUUAACUCUGAUAAUGUCUAUGAGAUCCCACAUGUGAGGAUCAGAGGGAACGUUUGCUUUACUAACUAUCCUAGCAACACUGCUUUCCUAGGCUUUGGAGGUCCACAAGGAAUGCUUAUAAUUGAAAACUGGAUCCAGAGAAUCGCAGCUGAACUUGAUAGAAGCCCUGAAGAAAUGUGUAACUCGCCCAUUUUGCAUUUGGUGUAGGCCUCGUUGCAUGUACCCUAUCUACUUCAAGUUCCUUGGAAACUCAGCGGAAUACAUUUGCUCUAUUGAUUGCCCUUAUAUUUUAUUGGAGAGUUCUCUAGCGAGAUAAAUCAUUAAAACUGUAAUGUAAUAAAGUAUGCCAUGGAGGCAAGAUGUUUAUACGUUUUAGUUUCUUAUAUUAUUCCUUGGACAAGUUCACUUUUAUUAUGAGUUGACCUAAUGUAUUGUAUCUUAUAUCCUUAGGUUUGUUAUAACAAAAAAGGCUAGCUGUUUUUUUGUAUUUACAUUUCGAUA